CGAUAAUUUACUAUUGUAUGUUGAUCCCGACCCGAAUUUCAACAAUUUUGCCGGCUAAAAAUCCUAAAUACUUUCUAGAUAUUUUGAUUGAAAAAAAAUGUCCACUUCUGGUGUCCCUCCUAAAACAUGGCAACCCUCAAAUGUAACCAUAGAGACAACGAUGGGUCAGUUUGUUCUUGAACUUUAUUGGAAGCAUGCGCCGAACACUUGCAGAAACUUUGCUGAGUUGGCAAGAAGAGGUUAUUAUAACAACACCAAGUUUCACAGGAUCAUUAAGGAUUUCAUGAUACAGGGUGGAGAUCCUACAGGAACGGGAAGAGGGGGAGCCUCAAUUUAUGGGAAGGAGUUUGAUGAUGAGAUUUCAAAUGAACUAAAACACACAGGUGCAGGAAUCUUAUCGAUGGCAAACAGUGGUCCUAACACUAACGGGAGUCAGUUCUUCAUCACCCUGGCCCCCACCCAGUGGUUGGACGGAAAACACGCAAUCUUUGGCCGGGUCAGUAGCGGGAUGACGGUGGUCCAGCGGAUCGGCCUGGUGGAGUGUGACAACGAUGAUCGCCCGGUGGACGACGUAAAGAUCGUCCAGGCCUACAUUACGCCUUCCUGACCAGUCUCAUCCCCUGGGGGACAGUUUAUAGGAACUAACAUGCAGAGCCCCGAGGAAAGGCUAUUGGGGAUUGAAUGUUACAUGAGACCUUGUAUAUUGGCAGCUAGAAAUACAUUGUACUUUAAAUCUUUUGAGAAAAAAAUGAUUUUGUUGGAUAUUACAGGUUUACAUGAGUUGAGGAAACUAAUGUCUGGUGUUUGAUGUUGGUUUUAAAGAUCUUGACGUAUAUUACAAAUUGGUUUCAAAGUUCAUGUAUUUCAAUUCUUUGUGAAUUCAUAAAAUAAGUCAAUCUCUUUUAAAUUGUAUCAUAUAUACUAUUACAUGUGUAUUCUAAACACGUUAGAAUGUAUCUACGUGCAUAAAAAGUUUUCCUUCAGUUGUGAGUUUAGUCAAUUUUCAUUUGAUCUAUUUUUUCAGAAUUUAUUUAGAUAAAUGCAUGAGAUCAUCUUUGAAGUUUUUUUUAUAUAAAAAAUACAUGUGCAUAGAAUAUUAUUGUGUAUUAUGUAAAUUGUCAAAUGAAUAUCAAAAAAAAGGUCAGAUUGGGCCAAAAGCUGUCUUGUAAUUGAUGUGUAAUUGACAUGUAUCAUACUUAAAGCUUUGUCACUGAAUUUCAUCACUUCAAA